CCAUCCAUAAGUCCAAACUUCAACCUAUGCAUGGUUGUUUCUCAUGACCUCACACUCACCCUUGUUCCCAACCUUGACAUCUCUAAUAAUCUCUAAUUAUCUCUUUGUCAAGUGUGGUUCUUAAUCAAUUAUCUUGUGCACAAUGUUUAAGGGAAGGAGGGGCCUGCUUGAUGGCCCUGAAGAAAGAUAUGGAUUGAUGUCUUCUGGCAUGAGAGGAAUGUCCUCUACACGACGUAAAAUACGACAUUGGCAAAAGCUUUUUAGGCUCAAACUUGGACGUCAUAUGUUUUGGAGCUUGAUGAUUUUGGUUUUUAUGUGUGUACUUACCAAGUUUGUGUUGUUGAAUAUGUUUUCUGAUCAGUUGGCCUUGGACCCUAUAACGCAUGCAAACGUGGUAAAACACGUACCUUCACCAAACAAGUCACCGACUCUCAAAAUUUGGAAGCAUCCCAAUAGUAACAACUACUACAAAUGCAUAAAUCGAACAAGGAGUGAAAGACGCAAAGGAAACACCACAAAUGGUUACCUUAUGGUCCACGCCAAUGGAGGAUUGAAUCAAAUGAAAACCGGAAUAAGUGACAUGGUUGCUAUUGCAAAAAUCAUGAAAGCCACACUAGUUUUACCUACAUUAGAUCAUAAUUCUUUUUGGACAGAUUCUAGUGAUUUUAAGCAAAUUUUUGACUGGAAGAACUUCGUUGAAGUUUUAAAUGAUGAUGUUCAAAUAGUGGAAUCUCUGCCACCAGAAUUCGCAAGAGUUAAGCCAAUUUUGAAGGCUCCAAUUUCAUGGUCCAAGGCCGGUUAUUAUGCAGGUGAGAUGUUGCAAUUGCUGAAGAAACACAAAGUGAUCAAAUUUACCCAUACUGAUUCUCGCCUAGUUAAUAAUGGUCUAGCUACUCCGAUUCAAAAAGUACGUUGUCGUGCCAUGUAUGAGGCACUUAGGUUCACCACCCCAAUUGAAGAGCUUGGAAUGAAGUUGGUAAAUAGAAUUAGAAACAACAAUAGCCCUUACAUUGCUCUCCAUUUGAGAUAUGAAAAGGACAUGCUUGCAUUCACGGGGUGCAGCCACAACCUGACAAAAGAAGAAGCUGUAGAGCUUAAAAGGAUGAGAUAUCAAGUGAAACACUGGAAGGUGAAAGAGAUUGACAGUAAAUCAAGAAGGUUACGAGGUAGUUGUCCCAUGACUCCAAGAGAGGUUGCUGUGUUCCUUGAAGCACUUGGUUAUCCUCUUGACACGAAAAUUUACAUAGCUGCGGGCAUGAUUUAUGGCAAAGAUGAAAUGAAACCCCUACAAAACAAGUAUCGCCAUUUGCUCUCACACUCCACUUUAGCCACAGAAGAAGAGCUUUUACCUUUUAAGGGUCACCAAAACCAACUUGCUGCUUUGGACUAUAUCAUAGCAUUAGAAAGUGAUGUUUUUAUUUACAGUUAUGAUGGGCACAUGGCCAAAGCAGCUCGGGGUCAUCGCGCAUUUGAAGGGUUUCGGAAAACUAUUAGCCCAGACAAACAGAGGUUUGUGAGGCUGAUUGAUCAGUUGGACAAUGGUUUGAUUUCUUGGGACGAGUUCUCAUCAAGGGUUAAAAGUAUACAUGCAAACAAAAAUGGAGGUCCUCAUCAUAGAAGAGUUCAUCGACACCCUAAAUGGGAAGAAAGUUUUUAUGCAAACCCUUAUCCAGGUUGCAUUUGUGAGCAUCGUGAGACAAUGACCAUGUAAAUAAGUCAUGACUUGCGACUUUGGUCAUGAGAUGAAACACAAUUGUUUUGGAUUUGUAAAUAUGUUAGGCAAUUUCGCGAUUGGAGCUAUAGAAGUCACAUGCUCAACUAUUUUAAAUUGUAUAUUAUAUAUUAGAGUAACUAGAUAGAGCAGGCUAGCUUGUAGGUAUGACAUUAAUUAGUUUCAUAGUCAUAUUUUGAAUUGUAAUUUAAUUUUUGAAUGUACUUUGGAUGUUACAUUAGCUAAACUUUAGAAUUUAACAUGACAUUC